ACAUAUAUAUAUAUUUAUAUAUGCAUGCAGCAUGCUGGAAAGAGAAGGUGAAAAGGUAGCUUAAUACUAAUAUUGUGUGUCGUUUAUCUUCUGCACCCAGAAGAACCAGUGAAAACCCAAAUCUAAAAGAAAGACGGAAAAAAAAAACUCAUUUUGUCAUGUCCUUAGUUCUAUUGUCAUUAUUCCAAACUAGACACUAUAGCCUUCGACUUAAGCAACCAAACACACACCUACACACACACACACACACACACACACACACACGCUUAUUAUUAAAGUCUUAAUAAACCCACCAAAUCAGAAAAACAGAGCUUCGGACUUCUCCCAAAACCUCGCAGUGUCCUCAUUGCUUCUUCCAUUGUUCAUUUAGCCAUGAGUAUCUCGCUCCCUCUGCUCCAACUUAUCACCAUUGUUAGCUUUCUCAUCACACAAACUCUAUGUUCUUCUUCGUCCAUGAACACACUCAUUUUGCCAUUGAAACUCCAGACGGUCACGAAGCCAUCGAGCAAACUCCCCUUCCACCACAACGUCACGUUGACCGUCACGUUAACCGUCGGCUCGCCUCCACAGACCGUUACCAUGGUGCUUGACACUGGGAGUGAGCUUUCGUGGCUUCAUUGCAAAAAAGCCCAGAACAUCAACUCUGUUUUUAAUCCACUCGCUUCGUCUUCUUAUUCCCCUGUUCCUUGCUCCUCCCCAAUCUGCCGAACCCAGACCCGGGAUUUCUCCAUACCCGUCUCAUGCGACCCGAAAAAGCUCUGCCACGCCAUGCUCUCCUACGCCGACGCCUCUUCCAUCGAAGGGAACCUUGCCUCUGAAACUUUUUAUAUUGGGUCUUCGCCUCGACCCAGAACCAUUUUUGGGUGCAUGGAUUCCGGGUUCAGUUCCAACUCCGAAGAGGAUUCAAAAACUACUGGGCUCAUCGGCAUGAACCGCGGCUCCUUAUCGUUCGUCUCCCAAAUGGGCUUUCCUAAAUUCUCCUACUGCAUAUCGGGCCGUGACUCGUCCGGUUUUAUACUCUUCGGCGAGGCAAGUUUCGCUUGGCUCGGACCCUUGAAAUACACUCCUUUAGUUAAAAUGUCAGAACCAUUACCGUACUAUGACCGAGUCGCUUACACAGUCCAACUCGUGGGGAUUAAAGUGUCGAACAAGCUAUUACAGCUUCCAAAAUCGGUUUUCGUACCGGACCAUACCGGGGCAGGGCAGACCAUGGUUGACUCUGGGACUCAGUUCACAUUCCUACUUGGACCGGUUUACACGGCGUUGAAAAACGAGUUCGCACAGCAAACGAAGAGUUUAGCUCCCCUUUUAAACGACCCAAAUUUUGUUUUCCAAGGGGCCAUGGAUUUGUGCUACCAAAUACCACUGACUCGGCGGAGUUUCUCCGAUUUUCCGACGGUGACUCUGAUUUUCCAAGGCGCCGAGAUGAGUGUGCCGGGCGAUACGCUGUUGUAUAGGGUACCCGGUAUGAGGAAGGGCAGUGAUUCGGUGUACUGCUUCACAUUUGGGAACUCUGACCUUUUGGGAAUAGAGGCCUUUGUGAUUGGUCAUCAUCAUCAGCAGAAUGUGUGGAUUGAGUUUGAUUUAGUCAGGUCUAGGGUCGGACUCGCUGAGGUUAGGUGCGAUCUAGCGAGUCAAAGACUAGGUUUGGGCCCCUAAACGUUGAAAUGGUAGAAAACCCAAAAAAGAUCAAGCAGUGUUCGGCAAAAUUGUUUGUCAUUUUAUUUAAGUUUAGGUCGGGUUGGUUGGUCGUCCUUGAUCAAGGUCCCACAUAAGUGGAAUUACACUAAUCAUGAGAUGCCACGUGUGGUGUCUUGGCCAUUGUGUCUACAAACGUGGUGCUCCAGUGUUCCAAAAGUUGGCUAAACAUGAGUAUGGGAUGUUAGAAAAGAAUCUUCUUGUGUGCCAAGGCUGCAUAUCGCUGACUCUGAGUCUGAGGCAGCAAAGUGAAAGGCAUUUAAUUUAUGGGGAAGAAGAAAAUUGACGAGUAAUGAGUGUUUUGUUUGGUUGUUAAUUUUUAAUUGGUGAGCAGGUGAGAUUUGGCAGGUUUUGGUUUAUGGAUUUGGAGCUAACCAUGAUGUGAUUGGUGCCCUACAGCUUGGUUUGGAUUAGCAGAUGUGUUAUAGAUGGAGUUUUGCCCAUUGCAAUGGAGCCAUUCAACCAAAUAAGCCAAGAGGAUUAGGAGAGCUGUGCACCACCACAAUUUUGCCAAAGGUCACUUCCAUAAAAUUAAUACCAUUGUGGAUUUUACUAUAACUUCUUAAUCAAUACUGUUGUCUACUUGAUACGGAUUGUUUGCUACAACAUCAAUCCAUUUUUUAAGUUAAAAUCUUAAGCAAUAUUUAUA